GAUAGCAAAGGGACGCAGACGGACGGAAGCUUCGGUUCAGUCCCCCAAAUCGAUAAAGCAGCACUGCUUGGACCCCCAAAGAAUUUAGGUGCCAACAAUCUUCAUCCCUCAACAUGGAGAUAUUUUUCAGAACUGCCCUGGAGCAGGGAUUACAGAUAGAAAAGGAAGACUCGGCUGACCGGGAAGCAGGAAAAUGCCCCAAGGCCAGACAGGCUGGAAGUAGCACGGAAUUCUGGGAAAGAGCUGAGCAGAAGAUGCUGGGAGUGGAAGAGGACACCACCAGCUCAGAUGUGCAGCAUCAAAGGUUCAGGCAGUUCUGCUACCAGGAGACCGAGGGGCCCCGAGAGGUUUGCAGCCAACUCCACAGGCUUUGCUGCCUGUGGCUGAAGCCGGAAAGGCACACGAAGAAGCAGAUUGUAGACCUGGUGGUGCUGGAGCAGUUCCUGACCAUCCUGCCCGCGGAGAUGGAGAGCUGGGUCAGAGAAUGCAGAGCGGAUACCACUUCCCAGGCAGUGGCUCUGGCAGAAGGUUUCCUCCUGAGCCGGACAGAGAACCAGAAGCCGGAAGAGCAGCAGAUGCAAGGACUGCUGUCAGAUACGGCCCCUGAUUUCCCUGAGCCUGAGGAGGCUCCAUCAGACACUAGGCAGAGGCUGCCGUCCAGUUGGAUCAAAGAGGAGUGUCAUAGAGAUAAAGCCUUGCUAGAUGCUGGAUUGAAACUGCCCAGGCGUCCUCAUCCAUCUCCUCAUUCUGGAGGAGCGGAAGAAGCUUCAAGAGGACGGGACCAGGUGACCUUUGAGGAAGUGGCCGUGCAUUUCACGGAGGAAGAGUGGGCGCUACUGGAUCCGGCCCAAAGAGCCCUGCACAGAGAAGUCAUGGAGGAGAAUGCUGCAAAUCUGGCCUCUCUGGCUUCUGGGAGUGGGAAGAAUAAGGGAAAACGCAGCAGAGGAAUUUGGGGAGGAACAAAAAGGAAAAAGCGGGAAGAACAGAAACGAAAAAUGGGAGCAAAAUGGAAGAAGAGGAAGGGAUCAUCCACAUCUCAUCAUGGAGUCCAACGAAUAAUACAGAAAAAAGAAAGAGAGAGAAGCCUGUCCCCUCCAUGUAGGAAAAGCUCCAGUUCAGAACCAAGCUCUCAGUCAGAAAUGAACACAGGGGAGGAACCAUAUGAAUGCUUGGUGUGUGGAAAGAGGUUCAGCAGGAGGGCCGCUCUUACUCGGCAUCAAAGAAUCCACACUGGGGAGAAACCAUAUGAAUGCCGGCAGUGUGGAAAGAGCUUUAGCCAGAGUGGACACUUUACUAAACAUCACAGGAUCCACCAUGGGGAGACCCCAUAUGAAUGUAUGCAGUGUGGUAUGAGGUUCAGCUUGAGGGGAGAACUUACUAAACACCAUAGAACCCACACUGGGGAGAAAGAACAUAAAUGCUUGGAAUGUGGAAAGUGUUUCAGAACGAAGGGAGAAAGUAUUAGACACCAGAGAAUUCACACUGGGGUGAAACCAUAUAAAUGCUUGGAAUGUGGAAAGAGCUUCAGUGAGACUGGAAAACUUACUAUACACCAGAGAACCCACACUGGGGAGAAACCACAUAAAUGCUUUGAAUGUGGAAAGAACUUCAGCGAGAGGGGAGCUCUUACUAGACAUCAUAGGACCCAUACUGGGGAGAAGUCUCAUAAAUGCUUGGAGUGUGGAAAGAGCUUCAGCGAGAGCGGAGCCCUUACUAGACAUCAUUGGACCCACAGAGUAGAGAAGCCGCAUAAAUGCUUAGAGUGUGGAAGGAGCUUCAGCACACAGAGAGUACUUAAUAACCACUUUAGAAGCCACACUGGGGAGAAACCAUAUAAAUGUGAGUGUGGAAAGAGCUUCAUCCAGAUUGGAAGUCUUACUAUACACCAAAGAACCCACACUGGGGAGAAGCCAUAUAAAUGCUUGGAAUGUGGAGAGAGCUUCAGCUAUAGGGGAGCCCUUAAUAGACAUAAUUGGACCCACAGAGGAGGGAAGCCGCAUAAAUGCUUGCAAUGUGGAAGGAGCUUCUAUGGGAAUGGAAAACUUACUAUACACCAAAGAACCCACACUGGGGAGAAGCCACAUACAUGCUUGGAGUGUGGAACAAGUUUCAAUGAGAGGGGAGCUCUUAUCAGACACCAGAGGACCCACACAGGGGAGAAACCACAUAAAUGCCUGGAGUGUGGAAAAAGCUUCAUCACCAGUGGAGAUCUUAAUAACCACCAUAGAAUCCACACUGGGGAGAAACCAUAUAAAUGCUUGGAGUGUGGAAAGAACUUCAGAACGAGCGGACAGUUUUCUAGACACCAUAGAACCCAUAUUGGGGAGUGUGACGAAACACAGGUUUCCCUCUUAGCUCGAGAUUGCCUGAUACUUCCUGAGUGCUCUGAAUGGGAGGUAAAAGGUCAAGUGUGCCAUCGGGUCAGUGUCGACUCCAGGCAACCACAGAGCCCUGUGGUUGUCUUUGGUAGAAUACAGGAGGGGUUUACCAUUGCCUCCUCCCACGCAGUAAGAGAGGAGAUACUAGUGGGGAUUCAAACCGGCAACCUCCUGCUUGCUAAGUCAAGUCAUUCCCCACUGCGCCAUUAGGCGGCUCCUGAAUGGGAGACAUCCCUCUUUUUUGUUACUGAAUGAGGACAAACCUUGCUUUUGUUGAAAAGCGCCGUAUCAGUGUUGUUGUUUUGUCCUUGAAAGGUCUGGUCCAUCAAGCUACAGGCUUAACCCCCUUUUCACAAUAGAUAACCAGCUCAAACCAGGCCUUCCUUUCGACACGUAAGUUCAGACCCAUUAAGGAGGAGAGACCUCCAUUUUGGAGGAAAAACCUGCAACCUGAAUAGGGGUAAGACCAGAGUUCCAUCAGAGCUGUGCUGCUGACACUUUCCAUUGGAUCCCAGAUCUGUCUUUCUCUGAAGGAGUGGGAAGGCCCUCCCCCCCCUUUUUUUUAUUAGUAUAAAAUUGUGGCCAAGACCCCCACCAUUUGGUCCCCAGGACACUCACGGGUUGCCAGCAACCAGGCACCCUGUCACCAGCUUCUGCUAGUGUCCUGAAAGGGAGUAGCUUAACGUUUUCUCAGCCAAGGACCUGCCUCCUGCUAGAUUAAGGGCAAACUCAGUGCUAGUUAGUUAAUAUGUUUGCACUUCCUUUUGAAUCCCUGUGUGCCUUUCUUUACUUCCAGUUUCCCUUCUUUCCCCCAAUUCCUUAUUUUGUGGGCAACCCUUGUUUCUUAAUAAAGUUCAUAUUCUUAGAA